AUGCAAGUGUCCAAAUUAUGUACAGCUGCUGAUGGGAAAAUUGACACAUUUUACGAUCUGGACCGGAUUUAUUCAACGAUCGAGCGUAUGCUCGUGUUGAUCCGUCAGCUGUCUGGAGUAUCGCGCUUGGGCGAAAGUGGACGUUCUUUAUCCGUUGAACUACAGUUGUUGAAUGCAAUCGACGAUAAGAAAUUUCAGCUCCAGGAGCUACAAGAUGCCGUGACUUAUCUGUUUAGUCAAUUUCGAAGGAUUUACAUGGUCAAUAAAGAUCUGUACACCCAAUUGAUCAAACGAGGUGGCCGUAUUUUCGAAUUGGAAAAGCAGUUUCGUGAGCAAAGUGACAGCAAAUGCUUGUAUUAUAUGGCUGACGCGAUCAAAUAUGAGCCGUCCUUAUUGGCCAUGCAGAGAGUAUUAGAUAGAACGAUUCGAGAGAUCAGAAUUUUUCGAAAACAAAGGAAUAAGCAUAAACUAGAGUUGUGCAUUAGCCAUAUAAAAAAUGAAAAUUUGGACAAAGCAUUCGACGAAUUUUAUUCAUUCGAAAACAGUAUUCAACAGCUGCCACAAAUCAUCGAGGAAGUGUUCGAAAAUUCUAUUGAUAAUUUGAUCGAACUAUUAGUAUUUUUGAGAGGAUACUACUAUCUGAGAAAACCUAAUUCGAAUGAAACAUUCGUUACAGCAUGUGAACACAUCGUUCAGUAUUUGAAAUGUACGGUAAUGUUUUGUCGAGUAGAAUCAUUAAUGAUCUUCAGUUUGAUCGAUGAUGUUUUGCGCGAUGAAAAUAGUUUCGAAGAUUUCUAUCUCGAAAGAUUGGAGCUGCUGAUGGUAGACUUAGCUGCAAAUAAAGAAAUCGCUAUUCGACUCAUUCAGUCUAAUUUCGACGAAGCCAACCAUUUUGCAAAACUGUUCACUUACAUUUCGGAACGAUUUCUUCUGGAAUUGAUACGCCAAGCAUACAGAGAGUCGUGUGAAACUUUGAGCAAUAUGUUGAACUUCAUUGCUCAUCUUCCCUGCAUAAACCAAAGUAUUAUAUGCUAUCAGGAACUGCACACUGAAAUGCGUCUAGCAGGAGUUUCCAAGUCGUCCUGUAUUUUCGUUCUUGCUUACCACAUCAGAAAGACCAUGCAAAAUCCGAAAUUCCAUCAAUCGUCACGGGCUGCGGAACUAGUGGAUCUGAAAGCCAUUUUACCUCCCAAUGUAGUGGGUAUCAUCUGGAAACAUGUCACAAUUUCACGGUAUGAAUCCCGGAUUCUUAUUAAAUUCAGCAGUGCUGGUAAGAGUAUAGGCUUCUCUCGAUAUACGGCUGAUAAAAAUCGCUUCGAGCUUGAACCUGUGGAGGAAGGUAAAGCUUUCAGAAUUAGAAACGUUGCUAUAAAUGCCUACCUGAUGGAGAACGAUGAUGGAGAUCCAACUGUUGUAGGAUGUAAAUUGGAUUCAUCCUGUACGGAAGGACAUUGGCAUUUAGUACCUUGUGAUAACUGCAAUUAUUUUAGAAUUGUCAAUCGAGCAACCGGGAAAUAUUUGUAUUCUAGUUUCUCCGAACAAUCCGACUACGAUUUUUAUGGUUCCCCGGAGGUUGUACGAUUGACAAACGACAGUGAAUUGUUAAGUGAGUGUAAUUCAUACUGGAAAAUUGACGAAUUUCUGCGAGGAUCCCGUGGAGAUUCAGAGUGUAUAAUCCUAUGA